GGUUCGCGACGACUCGAGACUGCCCUCCGAGCCCUCUGAUCCGCGCGGGAGAGCCGAGAGUGUUGCUGCCGCGUUCGUCCCGCGGGAGGAGGACGACUCUUCCCGCUCGCCGAAGAGUAUUCGCGAGUAUUCGCGGCGGCCGGGCGCCCUUGCAAAAAUAUCUCGCCGUUUUUAGCGAAGGAACCGUCGGUUCGAGCAGUGAGAUUCGGCUGAGUGAGUACGAGCCCGUUUUCAGGUCGCUGGGUGAAGGCGCGCACUUUUCCGCAAUAACGAGCAAUUAUUAUUAGCGGAUCGCGUGCGAGUACAGUCGAAUGGUACGAACGUGUACUGUCGGGCAUUCUUGAGUAGUAAACGCGCACAGUGCUGCGUAAAUUUGAGCGGGAAGAUCGCGAACGGGGAUUACGGGAGCCGGGUGGCCCGCGACGCCAUGGGAAAGGAAAUGUUCUCGAGCUUCUCCGGCAGGCAGCGGGUGCUGUGGCUGUUUUUGAUCGAGAUCGUCGUGAUCGCGCUAAUGGGGACAUUGAUGACGUACGGCCCGGAAGCGAGUGUUAAUUUCCACAGAAAUCACACAGGUACCGCCGGCGCUAAAGCCCAGGACAAGAAACCAGAGAACGACCCGUUGCGAAUUUAUCCGAUGUAUCAAGAUGUCCACGUGAUGAUCUGGGUCGGCUUCGGUUACUUGAUGACGUUCCUCAAGCGGUACGGCCAGAGCGCGGCCGGCUUGACCUUCCUCGUCGCCGCCGUGCUCGUCCAGGUGGCUCUAAUCUGCAACGGCGUGACGGACACCUUGACUGGCGCCAAGGCUUAUCUCUCGUUGGAAAGCCUUCUCGGCGCGGACGUGGCGGUCGCCGCGCCGCUCAUCUCCAUGGGCGCGGUCCUGGGCAAAACGACCUACAUGCAGCUGAUAUUCAUGGGAAUCGCCGAGUUGAUCAUGUUCAACGUCAACAAGUACGUGGGCGAGCAUCUGUUCAUGGCGGUCGACGCCGGCGACAGUAUGUUCGUGCACGUGUUCGGCGCGUACUUCGGACUGGCGGUCAGCUACGUGUUCGGGACGAAGAGGGAGCCGAAGGAGCACGAGCUCGAGGGCGCGUCCUACCAGUCGGACAUAUUCGCCAUGAUCGGUACGCUGUUCUUGUGGCUGUUUUGGCCGUCGUUCAACAGCGCGGGCCUGACGGGCGACGAUCAACAACGCGCGAUAAUCAACACCCUGUUGUCGAUAUCCGCCAGCUGCGUGACCGCGUUCGCCGUCUCCGCGUUGGUCUCCAACGGCAAGUUCAACAUGGUGCACGUGCAAAACUCGACGCUCGCCGGCGGCGUCGCCAUCGGCACCGCCGCAGGUAUGAUGUGCGGCGGCGUGGGCGCUCUCGCCGUCGGGGCUGUGUCCGGGAUAAUCAGCGUGUUGGGAUACAAAUACCUCACGCCGAUGAUACAGAAGCACAUGCGGAUCCACGACACUUGCGGGGUGCACAAUUUGCACGGGAUGCCGGGCGUGCUGGCGGGACUUUUCGGCGCGCUUAUGGCGGUCAUUGCGACCGAAGCCGUUUACGAUUACUCCCUGUACGACAUCUUCCCGGCGCGGACGCCCAGCGCGGGGCAGAAAUUCGCCGAGCUGCGGGACAAUAUGCGCGGCGAAAUCUCGCCGGGAUACGAUCGGACGGCGUAUCAGCAAGCGGGAUUUCAAUUACUGGCGCUGGUGGUCACCCUGGGAAUCUCCAUCGUUUCCGGAUUAAUAACAGGUCACCUUAUGCACGUGCCGGCCUGCGGCUCGAUCACGGAGGAGGAGAAAUUCGACGACAAGGCGGUGUGGGACCUGGAAGAAGAGACGUUCACGAGCGGCAAUAAGCGCACGGACACCCAGAUACCGAUGGGCCAUAUGUAAUCGCGGACGCGCCUCCCACGCGAAUUAUCCGGGCACGCCGAUGAGCCUUAUCGUUAAGCGAUCCACAAUGGAGAUCCCCGUGCACCGAAGCAAGGCGGUGUUUGUGCCUUCGAUGCACGAGCGUCUCCUUCAGGAUAUGCACUUGCAACGGGGAGUUCAAGAAACGGCGGUGCUGGAAUUGGCACUUUGUCGUCAGGACGAGGACCAUCCCGAUCGCGCAGCCCUUCGUCUUCGAACUGACCAGGCAGAAGAACGCCUACGCCCGGCUUAUAACUCACAUCAACAGCAAUUCCACUUCUCCGGAGUUACGCGAAUUCCCAGAGCAAAUGGCGCUGUUUUCGAACAAAAUGCCGCGGUGGAAAAAUAGAGAGCAGUGUAUUAAGAAAUAUAUUAUAUCGAGAUGUCAUGUUAUGUUGUACUUGUGAAUAAUAAACCUGAUAUUAUAAAGUA